CUGACUUAUUUCGUCCGGCUACCGCCAUUCAACUGUUCUGGCUAUGAUCUUGAAACGUUGAAUAAGAUUGAAAUUAAAUUACUAUCAUAAGGACUUAAAAAUCGAGACACAAUGAACUUCCUGUGUAAAGCGGCUGGUCCAGAAAUGGCCCGGUACCUGAGUGUGACAUCGAUAGCUGCCGGCACGCAAAGAACACUCCAAGCCGGAAUCCCCGCGGUCGUCGUCAAGGCCGGCGAGGUGGCGCCACCGCAGCCGAUGCCCGCGACAAGCUUCUCCCUCGCCAGGCAGACGCCCUGCGGCGCCGUCCGCGCCACCUGCGCCGUCGGCGCCCCCUGCCAGGUCCGCCUCGCGCACACCGACGUCAUGUCCGUGCCGGACUUCACGGAGUACCGGCGCCAGAGCACUCGCGACGCCGACGCGCAGGCGUCCGACACGCCUCGCCGCGCGUUCACGUACCUGAUGACGGCGGGUGGCGGAGUCGCCGGCGCGUACGCCGGCAAAAACGCCGUCGUGAAGUUCAUCGGGUCGAUGUCGGCGUCCGCGGACGUGCUCGCGCUCGCGAAGAUCGAGGUGAAGCUCGGCGAGAUCCCCGAGGGGAAGAACGUCACCUUCAAGUGGCGCGGGAAGCCGCUCUUCAUCCGCCACCGCACCUCCGCCGAGAUCGCCGCCGAGGCGGUCGUCGACGUCGCCUCGCUGCGCGAUCCGGAGCACGACGAGGCGCGAGUGAAGAAGCCGCAGUGGCUCGUGGUCGUCGGCGUGUGCACGCACCUCGGCUGCGUGCCGAUCGCGAACGCGGGCGAGUACGGCGGCUACUACUGCCCCUGCCACGGCUCGCACUACGACGCGAGCGGACGCAUCCGCAAGGGUCCCGCGCCGCUCAACCUCGAGGUGCCAGAACACGAGUUCGUGGACGAGAGCACGCUCAUCGUCGGCUAACGCCAGGGGGCGCCGCUAGCGAAUUUCGUUUCCCCUCGCGCGGACGGUCGGCGGCGGCCGUCACCGGGGCGCCACUAGCGAAUUUUGUUAU